GAAGCGCCGGAAGCGAGUGAGCCAGGGCUCGCCGAGCUGAGCUGGAGUACCUUCAGUGUCCGUCUCAGUGGAUUUGUUGUUGUGAAAGCCGAUGCAACAAGGAGAGGUUUUGUGUUUCAGGAAAUCUGGGUAGAAAACACAGACCUACAGUCCUGAACACGUUAAACACCCGAAGAUUGUUGACUGUUUGGAAAAACUGACACGAUGGACUCUGCAAACCAAGAUAUCAAUCUCAACUCUCCCAACAAAGGUCUGGGGUCAGACACCAUGACAGAUGUGCCAGUAGAAGGAGCUGCAGGUAACCCCAGUACCACAUUGCCUACAGGCUUGAGUGAAGAGGAGACAGAAGAAUUAAAGACUGAACUGAACAAGGUGGAAGAGGAGAUACACACUCUGCGCCAGGUGCUUUCUGCCAAAGAGAAACAUGCUUAUGAGCUCAAAAGAAAACUGGGACUCACUCCAUUGAAUGAGCUGAAACAAAACUUAACCAAAGGCUGGCAAGAUGUUCAGACCUCUACAGCCUUUGUGAAAACCACAGAGAAACUUGGAGAGUGGAAUGAGAAAGUUACCAGUUCUGAUUUAUAUGUAUCAGCGAGGGAAACUUUGGAGGACAUAAGCCAGUCUGAAGCGUAUAAGAAGACUCAGGAGACACUUUCUCAGGCAGGCCAGAAGACCUCUGCAGCCCUGUCCACUGUUGGCACUGCUAUCAGCAGAAAGAUUGGAGAUAUGAGGGCCCUACCUUUCUCACAUUCAUUUGGCAGUUACUCCAUUCGCCACUCAAUAAGUAUGCCUGCUAUGAGGAACUCGCCAACAUUCAAAUCCUUUGAAGAUAAAGUUGGAAACUUGAAGCUGAAGGUCGUUGGAGGCACUGGGAAUGGAGAAGGUGCACGCUCGCCAUCUGAAACCAGUCCUGUUCAAGACAAGGCUCCCUUCUAAAGCACAUCUCCUAGGACUGUGUUCUCACUUUAUCUGAAGCCCUUAUGUAACAUCUCAGCUGCAAUGACACCCCCCAGUACAAACGCAUGUGCAUAUAUCUGUUGAUUUGAUUGUACAAAUACAAAUAGGAUUAUAUAUGAUUGCCACAAAUUGUAAAAAUGUUAACCAUUUUGUAUUAUAAACAAUUUUACACUGCAUUGCAUAAUGUUUUUACAUAACUUUUAUCAAUAUACUGCCUCCUUACUGGCACUUGUGGGUGAGGGCUUAAGAAAAAAUAAUUUAAAAGGUUGGUUAUCUGCAUUUUGUACUUGUAAUAAUACUUACACCAAACAUUAACUUUAGUCCCUUUUUUACACUUAAUAAUAUGAAGCAAUGCUUUGAUCUUUAAGAGGUGAAUGUGGGAUCUAAUGCCUUUUAUUUCACAUUGUAUCACUUUAUGCUUUCUCGGUUUCAUUUUAAAGGAGAGUAAUUCAGUUUGGAAGGUGUUCAGUUGAACAGUUUGAAUUAUAAGAAUUACUGGGCAGAGGACCAGCUUGUGUAGCAGUAGGUUCAGUUGUGUGCCUCACACCCACUUUAUGGUUAAGUAACAAUUAGACCCCUACCAUUGCUUGAAGCUUAAUUAGAAUGCCUUCACAAAUGGGCAUAUCAGGGCGGUUUCCCUCAUAUACCAGUGCCACCUUUUGUUUUCUGCCUUAAGUCUUUAUGAUGUUAAAGUGCACUUUGGCCAACUUUUAACACAAAAAAUUGUUUAAAAAAAAACAUGCUCGUGAAGGGCUGAUCUUGCAGUUUGUUGAGUUGCUUUUAAAAAAAAAAAACAGUUGUCAUGAAUGGCUUCUUCUCAUUCGGUUGUUAUGUUGAAUCCUUCCAGAGCAUUUCCUUUUCUGUUUGUUCCUGUUUUGUAGUUUUAAAACACUUAGGAAGUGUCGGUUAUAGUGAGUUGGGGCUUUAAUGUCAGGUUGCCAUCUCUGUAUACUGCUGCCAAUGUAAGUUACUUGAUAUAGUUUGCUUACUUUCCUCACUAAAACUACUAACUAUGCCAACAAAAUACAAGGCAGAUGUAUUGCUAGUUCAUCUAGACCUGCGAAAUAUGAUGCUCAGUAAGUUGCAAAUACACUAUGGGAUGCUAAGGGUGAAAAUAUUAAACGUAUACAAGAUGAACUACAUAGCCACUGUAGGCACAAUGAGAAUAGUUUUAUUAGGUUGUGUGGGUAUCAUUAGAAAUUAAAGGGAUCAGUUUGUUAUGGUUCGGAGGUAAGAUUGCUGGUUGAAUUAUGGUUUUGUUUUGACGUAUAUCUGAAGGUAAAUAAAGCAUUCCUUUAAACAAU